CGGGCUCCCGAGUCUGAGCCAGUUCGCCGAGUAAGAAGAUCCAAAAAACGGGAAAGAGGGCACGAGCACCAGGACGCUAGUGGGAACCACGACCUCCUCCUAUUCCUCCUCCUCCUCCUCCUCUCCGGUGCAUAGCAUUCGAGGAAUCCGAACUCACUGCCUACCCAGGACAAAGGAGCCGGGGAGCAGCGGGACUGCUCCCGCCCGGGCAAGGGCCGCACCGCGGAGCCCCGCAGCGCCCAAAACCCUCGCGGAGGACCAUGUCCCUCACCGUGCCACUAGCUCGUUGCAGCCUGCUGCUCGCGCUCACCCUGGCGCUCGCCUCCCUCGGCUCGACCCAGAGCAGCUUCAGCCCCGAAGCCUGGCUUCAGCAGUAUGGCUACCUGCCCCCUGGAGACCUACGUACCCACACGCAGCGCUCACCCCAGUCCUUAUCUGCUGCCAUUGCCGCCAUGCAGAAGUUUUAUGGGCUGAGAGUGACUGGCAAGGCUGAUGCUGACACCAUGAAAGCCAUGAAGCGCCCCCGAUGUGGUGUUCCAGACAAGUUUGGGGCUGAAAUCAAGGCCAAUGUUCGGAAGAAGCGCUACGCCAUCCAGGGCCUCAAGUGGCAGCACAAUGAGAUCACUUUUUGCAUUCAGAAUUACACCCCCAAGGUGGGCGAGUACGCCACCUUUGAGGCCAUCCGCAAGGCCUUCCGUGUGUGGGAGAGUGCCACCCCCCUGCGCUUCCGAGAGGUGCCCUAUUCCUACAUCCAGGAUGGCCAUGAGAAGCAGGCAGACAUCAUGAUCUUCUUCGCGGAAGGCUUCCAUGGUGACAGCACGCCAUUCGAUGGAGAGGGUGGUUUCCUGGCCCAUGCCUACUUCCCAGGCCCGAACAUUGGAGGGGACACACACUUUGAUUCGGCUGAGCCCUGGACUGUACAGAAUGAAGAUCUAAAUGGGAAUGACAUCUUUCUGGUGGCUGUACAUGAGCUGGGCCAUGCCCUCGGCCUGGAGCAUUCCAAUGAUCCCUCGGCCAUCAUGGCUCCGUUUUACCAGUGGAUGGACACUGAGAAUUUCGUGCUGCCUGAUGAUGAUCGUCGUGGCAUCCAGCAACUCUAUGGAAGUGAGUCAGGAUUCCCCACCAAGAUGCCACCUCAACCCAGGCCCACUUCUGGGCCCUCUGUCCCGGAUAGGCCCAAAAACCCCACCUACGGACCCAACAUCUGUGAUGGGAACUUUGACACUGUGGCUGUGCUCCGUGGGGAGAUGUUUGUCUUCAAGGAGCGCUGGUUCUGGCGGGUGAGAAAUAACCAGGUGAUGGACGGUUACCCCAUGCCCAUUGGUCAGUUCUGGCGGGGCCUGCCCGCAUCCAUCAACACUGCCUACGAGAGGAAGGAUGGAAAGUUUGUCUUCUUCAAAGGAGACAAGCAUUGGGUGUUUGAUGAAGCGUCCCUGGAACCUGGCUACCCCAAACACAUCAAGGAACUGGGUCGAGGGCUGCCCACCGACAGGAUAGAUGCCGCACUCUUCUGGAUGCCCAAUGGGAAGACCUACUUUUUCCGAGGAAAUAAGUACUACCGGUUCAAUGAGGAGCUCAGAGUAGUGGACAACGAAUACCCCAAAAACAUCAAGGUCUGGGAAGGAGUCCCUGAGUCUCCCAGAGGGUCAUUCAUGCAGGGCAGUGAUGAAGUCUUCACUUACUUCUACAAGGGGAACAAAUACUGGAAAUUCAACAACCAGAAGCUGAAAGUGGAGCCUGGCUACCCCAAGUCAGCCUUGCGGGACUGGAUGGGCUGCCCAUCUGGGGGCCGGCCAGAUGAAGGCACAGAGGAGGAGACAGAGGUCAUUAUCAUCGAGGUGGACGAGCCGGGUGGUGGAGCCGUGAGUGCAGCCGCCGUAGUGCUGCCCGUGCUGCUGCUGCUUCUGGUGCUGGCUGUGGGCCUCGUGGUCUUCUUCUUCAGGCGCCAUGGGACCCCCAAGCGACUGCUCUAUUGCCAACGCUCCCUGCUAGACAAAGUCUGACCCCCAGCGCCGGCCCACACACCGCUCCCACAGGGACUCGGCCGCUAAGGCCAGAGGCAGCAGGUGGUGGCGGGUGGGUGGCCCCUUCUCUGCCCCCCACACCCACUUCCCUCCUUCUCUGUGCUCUGACUGGCCUUUCCCACCUUUGUCCCACCUUGCUUUCUUUCCAGAUGGGUCCCCUGGGGGCUGUGCAGAGCUGCCCCCAGAUCCUGCCCCCGGGAGCCCUCUAGCCCUCUAGCUUGCCCAGUGUCCCAUCCCACCUGAAUGUCUUGGCUCUGCACUUGAAGGCAGGACCCUCCGACCUCACUGGUAAAGGUCGUGUGGGGCACCUGCUCCUUUUCCAUUCCGUGACAUCUUUAACCUCUGAACUCUGACCUCAGGAGGCACUGAGCACGCCAGCCCUCAGGUGUGCCUAGCUGGCAGCCACCCUUCUAUAGGUUGGAGCUAAAAGGAAUCCAGCUUCCUGGUGAGGGGGAAACCCAGAGAGAGUGGGGUGGAGGAUGCAUCCCCACCCCGAGACCUUGGGUGAAGGAAAAAAGAUUCAUACCCCAGCCCCCAAGAACUCCCACAGAAGGAGCCUGAGCCAUUGACCACUGAGCUGGGGCUGCGGGUCCGAAGCACAUUUUUUGCCUUGGUAUGGGGGCUGAGACCAAGGAUGCAGAUAGCCAGGUGGGAACAGGCCAAGAGGAAGGAAGGAAGAAAGGAAGGCCAGGUGGGGAAGGCCAUGGAGGAAACUGGCUCAAAUGCAGGCAGCUGGGGCAGGCACCCAGGGGCAUCACGGUCAGGGAACAGACAGGACCAAAAGGAGGUGUAGACGAUGGAUGGUGGGUGGGGACAGGGUAGCUACAGGGACACACAUGGUGGGCUCUGGAACUUAGAGGAUACAUAGAGGGCAGCCCUGCCCAUUCGAGCCCUUCCAGGCAGUACAGAGAGCAUGAGCCAAAGGUGUCUUGAAGACUAGCACAGAGGGCUCACAUCCAGGGACUGGCCACUGGAGUCAUGGAUGAGAACUUAAGUCACUAAGGAGACCCCAGUACCCUUGGUGAUGAGCAGGAACCUGGAUACUCUUAGCCCCUCAUUUCCUGAGGCCCCAUCCCUCAGCCCACUUGACUGGGGUUUCCCCCCCUCACCCCAUUCAGCCACCCAUCUGAAGUCUCCUUCAGCCACCAAAGGUGGCCAAGGUACUGGGGACUUAGAAGCAAUCGUGAGAGACCCUGAGGGGGAGUGAGAGGAGCGGUAUACUGGGUGGGGGACAUGGGUGAACGGUGCUGGCAGUUCAGCUAAAUUUGUCUUGUUUGGGUUUUUGUUUUGUUUAAUGUAUAUUUUUAUGAUAAUUAUUAUAUAUA